UAUCUCACUCCUCCAUGUGCUCGCACCAACCGGCUUCUUGGCUAUCCAUUCAUAGCCAAACCAAGAUGGCUAGCUUCGCCUCCUCUCCCUCACCGGCGAUGGACAAACCGGCAGCCGCAGCUCCAGGGGGCGCCACCCACACCGAGAGCUCAGCGGUAGACGCCCCAUCCGAUGAGAGCCUGAAAGACUUCAUAUCCUCGCUCCCGUCAAGGGAGGGGUGGCCGAAGCCGCUCAUCCAGUACAAGGGCUACUGGUUCAAGCCGAGGAUGCUGGAGGGUGUCCUGCGCACCAGACGAGCCUUCCUGCCCCGCGCAGAUGACGUCGUCCUCGCCACGCAGCCCAAGUGCGGCACCACCUGGCUCAAGGCCCUCGCCUUCACCGUCGCCACGCGGUCCCGCCACGGCCUCGUUGCCGACCACCCGCUCCUCACUUGCUACCCGCAUCACCUCGUGCCGUACAUCGAGAUCCCUGGUGCUGCCGGCGGCCGUGUAGUCAACCUCGGCGCGCUCCCGUCCCCGAGGCUCCUCGCCACGCACAUGCCCAUGUCGCUGCUCCCGCCGGAGACGCGGUCGCUCGGCUGCCGGGUGGUGUACCUGUGCCGGGACCCCAAGGACACGCUCGUCUCCAGGCUGCACUUCGAGAACAAGCUGGCGGCGCGGUGCGGCGGCGUCGGCCCGUCGAUGGACGACGCCUUCGGCAUGUUCUGCGAGGGGUUCUCGCCCUACGGCCCCUUCUGGGACCACUGCCUCGAGUACUGGGAGGAGAGCGUGGCGAGGCCAGACACCAUCCUCUUCCUCAAGUAUGAGGAGAUCAAGCUGGACCCGGCGCGGGUCGUGAGGAGGCUCGCGAGCUUCCUCGGCGUCCCGCUGACCGAGCAGGAGGAGAGCUCCGGCGUCGCGGACAAGGUGGCGAGGAUGUGUAGCUUCGAGUCGCUCACCGGGCUGGAGGUGAAACAGGUCGGCGGCGUCAGCCACGGGAAUAGAGUUCACUUUGAUAACUCUGUGUUCUACAGGAAAGGCGAGGUAGGGGACUGGGUGAACCACAUGAGCCGCGAGAUGGGGGAGAAGCUCGACCGCAUCGUCCAGCAGAAGCUCCAUGGUUCCGGGCUCGUGUUUUGAGCAAGAGUCAUUUGUCAUGUGUUCUGUGCUCCUUUGCACUCUGCUGCUUCUGGUUGGUGAGAGGAGAGCCCUAUGUUGAUUGUGUUUAUUAUUAUUAUUAUUAUCAUUAUUGUUUGGAUUGCUUA